UUUUGCUCUACACCUUUUUUAAUAGGUCACCUGAUCAUGACAAGUGUUGUAAACAAAGCUAUUUUGGAGCUUACUCCGUCAUCAACUGAAGAAGAUGCAAAAGAAACUUACAAUGCUUGGGCUGCAACCUAUGAAAAGGUUAGUAGGGUUAUUAAUCAGCAGACUGUAGGUCUGAACUGUUGGCUAAGUCAGUGUAAGGGUUAUUAUACCGGUAAUUAUAUCUCAGUACUUGUGCUAUGACUUGUAGCGUAUUCACUUUAUGGCCUGUUUAAUUGAAACAUUUGUUUGAAUUGAAAUUUCCUCCCCUUCUUUGAAAUUAGAAAAUAUUUAUCGCAGAACCUCACUAUUUUCAGCUUGGAUUUAUGGCCUGUAUGCUUCUUGCUUGGGCCAUAAAUGCAAGCAGAAAAAACUUAGUCUGUAACAUACAGUACAGACCUCAAAAUUGUUUUGCAAGGGUUUUUUUUUUGCAGUAUUUUUAUAAUCAGCCAUUUGUUUCACUGUUUAAUAGGAUACAGAUGAACAUGGGUAUAAGGGACAUGUCUUAUGUAUGGAAGCUUUCAACAGAGCCAUGCAGUCUGAAGAGAUCUUUCCUGGUACAGACAAAAACUUAAAGAUCCUUGAUGCUGGAGCUGGUACAGGUAUCAUUGGUGAGAUGCUGGUUAAACAAGGCUAUACAAAUGUUGAUGCCUUGGAUAUUUCACCAAAAAUGUUAGAUAUUGCAGAAAAGAAGAACAUUUACAAGCGACUCAUCUGUGCACCUUUGAGUGAUGUUCGCAUAGACCAGAUACAGACUGCUGAAUAUGAUGUGACAUUGUGCGCAGGCACCAUUGUUUAUGGUCAAGCCAAGCCUGUGGCACUGGAUGAGUGUAUACGUCAUGUAAGACCAGGUAAAUAUAGGGCACUUGAAUGUAUCCCACAGUUAACCCUUAAACUCCCAGAAGUGAUUAGCAUGUGACUUCUCCUUAAAAUAUCCAUACAUUAUUCAGCAAACAAGUGAUGAGAAUCCUCAAAAUUAUCAGGUAGCUGUUGUUAUCUUGAUCUAACACCAAAUUCUUGUAACUAACUUGCAAAGAAAUGUGUCGCAGCCAGAAGGAAGAAUUCACAAUACGAUAUUGGGAGUUAAAGGUUUAAGAUAGGAGGGUAAAGUUUAUGGUUAAGCCAAGUGGUCCAUCCAGUCAGAGUUUAUCCCAGUUUCUAUAGCAUGAGGUGACUAGAAGUAUACCACCCCCCUGGAUGGGAUGCCAAUCCACCACAAGGGUACCCCCAGUAUUUUAACCCUGUAACCCUUAGUGAGUAACAUCUAAUUUCUCCUUACAGUAUCAAUUGCACAUGAAGGUUGUGAGAAAAGAGAAAAUGAUCACCAGCCAGAGAAGCUCUUGAUUGUUAAACAAAUUCUCCUUGUCGACAACCCAGGAAAUGAAAAAUAGAACAGUAUGGAGAAUAUGCAAACUGAUGUUAGGGUGUAAAGGGUGAAGAGACCUCCCUGACAAUUUGCCGACACCCAUAUACACUUAUGGGUGGAGAGGGGCUCUGUGAAAGUGUUUGACCCUAGAACACAAUGCAUUGACCAGGCUAGCCUUGAACCAAGACCUCUGUGACCAGAGUCCAACACACUAACCAUUAGCUAGCAAAUCUCCCACAUCCCACAGACAAGCCAGUUUUUUAAUAGCUCUUGGAAAUUGAUUAACAUUGAGCUGUGAAAGGUGCUAUGACAUUAGAUUGUUAACAACAUGUUCAAAAAGCUCUACUUUUGGAAUUAAAAAUCCUGACCCUUGCUUGUGCUUUCAUCAAUUUUUGUAUUAUUUGCAUUUAUAACUCUUGUGCUUUUGCCAGUGAAAACCUGGCUGAAAUAAUCCAAAUGAUGUGCUGAUAAAUAUAAAUUGGAAUUGUGCAACUGAACACCAAGGAAACAAAACUGGGAUUGUAAUUUUUUUUCCUUAACUUUCAAUUAGGCACCUGAGGAACUUUAACCUUUUGGAGUGCUUUUUAAAGAUGGGGGAGGAGAGGGGGGCUCUUAAACAGAGAGAAGGAGUUUUUUGCAGUUACUAGGACAUACUGGUAUUGGGCUUUUAGCUUUUACACUUAAUAAUAUUGAUCUGGUUCACAUGUAUUUCUGCCCAAGUACUUUCACCCCUAAGAAGGACUAGCAUCUAAUUUCUCCUUACAAUAUCACCCCUGAAUCAGACUUGAAGGUCAUGAGAAUAAAGGAAAUGAUCACCAACUAAAGAAGCUCUUGAUUGUUAAACAAAUUCUCCUUGUCAGCACCUUAGGAAAUGGAGAAUAUUCAAACUGAUGUGCCAGGGUGUAAAGGGUCAACAAAACUUUCCUUAACACUAAUAUGAGUAUUUUGUUUCAUUUUGAUUCUAGGUGGGUUGUUUAUUUUCUCUAUUCGAGCAGAUUCUUUUGACCCAAAGGAACUUGGUUACAGCACAAAGUUUGAGGAGUUGGAGAAAUUAGGAAAAUGGAGCCUUGUAAACAGGGAGCUUCGUGAGCUGUAUUCGAACCCCCAUGAGGAACGCUAUAGAAAUUGUUAUUUGAUCACUUACAAAGUGCUUAAAAAUUGA